UUUUUCAGCAAGACAAUGCCAAGCCACGUGUUACAACAGCGUGGCUUCAUAGUAAAAGAGUGCGGGUACUAGACUGGCCUGCCUGUAGUGCAGACCUGUCUCCCAUUGAAAAUGUGUGGCGCAUUAUGAAGCCUAAAAUACCACAAUGGAGACCCCGGACUGUUGAACAACCUAAGCUGUACAUCAAGCAAGAAUGGGAAAGAAUUCUACCUGAAAAGCUUCAAAAAUGUGUCUCCUCAGUUCCCAAACGUUUACUGAGUGUUGUUAAAAGGAAAGGCCAUGUAACACAGUGGUAAAAAUGCCCCUGUGCCAACUUUUAGCAAUUUGUUGCUGCCAUUAAAUUCUAAGUUAAUGAUUAUUUGCAACAAAAAAAACAAGUUUCUCAGUUUGAACAUUAAAUAUAUUGUCUUUGCAGUCUAUUCAAUUGAAUAUAAGUUGAAAUGGAUUUGCAAAUCAUUGUAUUCUGUUUUUAUUUACGAAUUACACAACGUGCCAACUUCACUGGUUUUGAGUUUUGUAGAAAAGAGGAGAAGAAAUUAGAAAAGAGGAGAAGAAAGAAGAAAAGAGAAGAAGAAAGUAGCAAAGAGGAAAACAAAGAAGAAUCACGAAAAGAGAAGAAAAGAGGAAGAGAAGAAAGAAAAAAAGAGGAGAAUAAAGUAGCAGAGAGGAGAAGAAAGAAGAAAACAAUUAAGAAAUGAGAAGAAAGAAGAAAAGAGGAGCAGAAGAAAGAAGAAAAUAAUUGAGAAAAGAGGAAAAGAAAAGAGAAUUGAAAAAGACAAGAAAGAAGAAAAUAAUUAAGAAAAAAGUAGAAAAGAGUAGAAGAAAAUAAUUAAGAAAAGAGAAGAAAGAAUAAAAGAGAAGAGGAGUAAGAAAGAACAAAAAAGAGAAGAGAAGAAAGAAGACGAAAAAGAGAAUAAAUAAUAAGAGAAGAUGAAGAGGAGGAGAAAUAAGAAAAUAAAAAAGAGAAGAAAGAAUAAAAAAAGUAAAGAGAGAAUAAGAGAAGAAAGAAUAAGAGGACAAAAAAGAAUACAAAAAGAAAAGAGACGAAAAUAGGAGGUGAAAGUACAAAAGAGGAGAAGAAAGAAGAAAAUAAUUAAGAAAUGAGAAGAAAAAAGAAAGUAGAAAAGAGGAGAAGAAGAAAAUAAUUAAGAGAAGAUAAGAAAGAACAAAAGAGGAAAGAAAUAAGAGAAGAAAGAAAGAAGAGAAGAGAAGAAAGAAUAAAAGAGGAGAAGAAAGAUGAAAAGAGGAGAAGAAAUAAUACAAUUAUAAACUGAAUGCAGCUGAGAUAGGCUCCAGCACCCCCCGCGACCCCGAAAGGGACAAGCGGUAGAAAAUGGAUGGAUGGAAGAAGGAAAUAGGAAGAGAAGAGAAGAAAGAAUAAAAUAAACAAUAAAAGAGGAAAAGGAAGAAGAAACGAGGAGAAGAAAGAAUAAAAGAAGAGAGAAUGAAAAAAGAAAGAAUAAAAAAAGAAGAGGAAGAAUAAAAGAGAAAAAAAGAAUAAGAGGAGAAAAAAGGAGAAGAAAGAAUUAAAGAGGAAAAGGACAAAGACUAAUAAGUGUUAAAGACAAGUGGGGGGGUCUUGCUUUCUCUCUCAUUGGUUGACCUGAGGGUGCCCCCCCCCCUCUCUCUCUGUCUCUCUCUAUCACUUCUCCUUAUAAGGACAGGCUCCGCCUUCAGUGAUGGCGUCAGACUUAUGGGGUAUUGGCGUUUAGUCCUGGGGGACCGCAGGGCUGAGACUUCUUUCCUUUCUCCUCAUCACUUUAUCUCUCUUCUUGCCCUCCUCUCCCUGGCCCUCCCCCGGCAUGGUCUUGAGGGACAGGAAGAGGAUUAUUGGCGCUUCUUGUCCCUGAGCGUGGUUUGAAGGUGAGAAUAAAACCCGGAUGGUCUCCAGAGAAGAACCCAGGUGGCUUGCUGGGAUGUUUCAGGACCUCCUCCCUCCAGGGGCCCUAGCCGGCCUGAAGGAGGAGCCGGCAGCGGGACGCUCCUGGAUGCACGGCGGCGGCGUGCUGGACGCCAACUCGGCAGCUCACAGCGGGGCGGCGUUAUCGAGAGCUCACUUUGAGAAGCAGCCUCCGUCCAAUCUGAGAAAGUCCAACUUCUUCCACUUUGUGUUGGCGCUGUACGACCGCCAAGGCCAACCUGUGGAAAUUGAACGCACGGCUUAUGUGGACUUUGUGGAAAAGGAGAAGGAACCAACGACAGAAAAAAGCAAUAAUGGAAUUCAUUACAAACUCCAACUUCUUUACAGUAGUGGGGUGAGGACAGAGCAGGACUUGUACAUCCGACUCAUUGAUUCAAUGAGUAAACAGCCGAUCAUCUAUGAAGGUCAAGACAAGAACCCAGAGAUGUGCCGAGUUCUGCUCACUCAUGAGAUCAUGUGCAGUCGCUGCUGUGAUAAAAAAAGCUGUGGAAACCGAAACGAGACACCGUCAGAUCCUGUUGUCAUCGACAGGUUCUUCCUCAAGUUCUUCCUCAAGUGUAACCAGAACUGUUUGAAAAAUGCUGGGAACCCACGAGACAUGAGGAGGUUCCAGGUGGUCGUGUGCACCACCGUCAACGUCGACGGACAUGUUCUUGCCGUCUCCGACAACAUGUUUGUACACAACAACUCCAAACAUGGCCGCCGAGCUCGACGAUUGGACCCAUCUGAAGCAGCAAGUCCUUGCAUCAAAGCCAUCAGUCCCAGUGAGGGAUGGACCACAGGCGGAGCAACACUCAUCCUCAUUGGAGAUCACUUCUUUGAUGGCCUUCAGGUGCUCUUUGGGAGCAUGUUGGUGUGGAGCGAGCUCAUCACCCCCCACGCCAUCCGUGUGCAAACUCCGCCCCGUCACAUCCCAGGUGUGGUGGAGGUGACGCUGUCCUACAAGUCCAAACACUUUUGCAAGGGGACACCUGGACGCUUCAUCUACACAGCACUGAAUGAGCCCACCAUUGACUAUGGCUUCCAGAGGUUACAGAAGGUCAUUCCUCGUCACCCUGGAGACCCAGAGAGGCUGCCUAAGGAAGUGCUCCUGAAGCGAGCCGCUGACAUGGUGGAGGCGUUGUACGGGAUGCCUCAUAGCAACCAGGAGAUCAUCCUGAAGCAAGCGACAGACAUUGCAGAGGCGCUCUACAGCGUUCCUCGGAACCACAACCAGAUCCCGUCGCUUGGAAACUCAGGUUCGCACGGCAUGAUGGGAGUUAACUCCUUCAGUGGCCAGCUGGCAAUCACCGUCUCUGACACAAGUCCAGUCGGGUACAGUCGCAACACCAGCAGUGUGUCACCCAGAGGAUACGCCCCCAGCUCCACCUCCCAGCCCAGUAACUAUGGCAACAACAACAGCUACGGCAACGCUUCCAUGGCAAACCUCGGCGUGACGUCUUCGCCAAACUUCCUCAACGCAUCGUCUGCCAGCUCACCCUACGGCAUUGUUGCGUCCAGUCCCACAAUGGCGGGGUCCAACUGUAGCUCCUCCCACAGCACCUUUCCUUUCUCUACCGCCGUGAAACAGAAGAGCGCCUUUGCUCCCGUGAUCAGACCCGCAACACCCCCUCUCCCUCCUCGGUCCUGCUCCACCAACAGUGGUCUGCAAGCCAUUUCAGGCCUCGUCGUCCCGCCAAUGUAGAAAAUGGCAAGCACAAAGGAGGCGUGUCUCCAGAUGUCUGUGGGCGUGGCUUCAGGCUUCAGCUGACCAAUGAGAGCGGUCUAAACAUUGAGAUGACCACCGCUCAUACUUUCUUGAUAGACGUCCAUAAAACCUUGUCCAAUGAAAGUCCCGCCUCUCACAAUAAAGCUCCGCCUCUUGCACUUCUUGUAAAUGUUUAUGUAACUUAUUUUCUCACAACACUGUUGUCCAAAUCCUUUAUAUCGAUGAACUCCUGUUAUGUUGCGUAAAUAUUCCAUUGUGUGUGUGUGUGUGUGUGUGUGUGUGUGUGUGUGUGCGUGUGCGUGCCCAUUUGUCAAUCAAAGAUGAGGUCCAGUCCACU